AUGCACUUCAGACCUUGCGACUUGCCGAACCCAAUCCUGCUCACGGCGCCGGAGAACCUGGAGUACAUGAGGAAGAAGGAGGAGCAGGCGGCCGCGAAGGAGGCAAAGAAGGCUGGCCGCGCAACUGGGAAAAAGCGCAAGUCAGAAGAGGGCACGAAGGACGACGAUGAGCCCGCGCAGAAGAAAGCAAAGUCGACGUCCCAGUCCUCGAAGUCCAGCAGCAAGUCCAAGUCCGCCUCGUCUUCAAACCCCUCGUCUGCCCGCUCGGCGACCGCGGACGAGAUCUUCUCUAUCGAGCUCGACGGAGAGGAAGACGAGACUGUCGAGAUGUACGAUACCUGCGACGAGAUCCGCAAGAAGAUCGACAUACACUUGACUAUCACCGGUCAGACCAAAGCCGCGUUUCUACGUGAUAUAGCGCGCGCCGGCUGGCCGGACGACCCGCCAAGGAUACAGAGCAAGCAGUUGUCGGACUUUCAAACGAAGGAAGGUGCGACGUCUGGUAGUACCAGUCGAGUAUACUAUGGCGCUUACUGCUACUUCGAGAAGAAGAGGAUAGCAGAGGGCAAGGACAAGUCCGUUCACAGACUUUGUAUGGAAGAUGAGUGGCCAACUGGGAUGGUGCGCGAGAGGGAGAAGGCGUACAUCAUCGGGGUAGGAAGGGAGAUAUACACGAGUGAGCUCGGCAAGCCUGUGGUCUACUGA